AUCCUACCAGCGAUGCCCCCCAACCUAAUAGCCAUGGCCUCCAUCCGAUGGUCUCCAUUCUCCAACCGAAUAGCAACAAAACCAAAUUAUGCAGUUUGCAACGCUUUUCCCUGUUGGGGUGACGGUGACUAAGUGGUGCGACGAUGUGGCCCAAAAUUAGAAGAUUUGGGAAGGAAGCAUGCAGCAAGUUCAAAUGGUAGACACAUUAUUCGGCUUUUGUCAGUUUUUCCAUGGACAGUUGAUGCGUGAUUGCUUGAACGUGUCUUUUGCAGGCUUUCUGGGAUGAGGUCGGCACAGGUUGCUGUUUGCAGAGGACACAUGCACGUGAGGUUUGGCACCAGAGACACAGUAGUGCGUGACGGUGUCACGCCAUGAAAAAGACCUGUGUCGUGAAACUUGACAAGUCGGGCAACUCAGACUUGGGAAUGCACAUUGAUGCGUUGACGUUGGCAGUUUGCCUGGUUGAACAUGGCCUUGUUGCAGAUUGGAACGCUGUGAACCCUGGCUGUGCAAUUGAGCCUGGCGACCGGCUUGUGUCAGUCAAUGGGCUUUGCCAUCCUGAGCUUGUUUUAGAACAACUUUUUGGAGAACCAUCGCUUCGGAUUGUUGUUGAGAAGAGGGGCGGCUUUACCGGGGCCUUGGUGCCACAUUGCAAGUUUUCAGUGGAGCUCCGAAGAACAGCUUUGGAAGGUUUUGGUAUGGAUGUGAGCCCUGACACCAUGGAGGUGCUGAAUUUACAAGAUGAUGGAAAAGUAGCUCUUUGGAACCAGUGUCACCCAUUCCGAGCCAUCGUGAUUGGUGACAGGAUUGUGGAAGUCAACGGUGCCCACACUGCAAAGCAUGAUGUAUUUGUUAGCGAACUGAAUCUCGAGCUUGUUGUGGUCAGGGGAUCUAGCAUAGCCAUGUUUGGAACUUUUGGAGUCACACUGACAGUUGCCGGUAGGCUUGGUUUUGGUGUCAGCCCAACGAUGGAAGUUGACAAGCUGGAGCAGGCUGGAGCUGCUCAACAGUGGAACGUCUCAAAUCCCAUCAACAAGCUACGGUUGGGUGACAAACUGAUACAAGUAAACUCUAAAAUCAACCGUACAAAAAUGCUGUCAGAAUUGAAAGGUGGACGAGUCUUGAAACUGAUAGUGGCGCGAUCUGAAAGGCGAGUUGAUAGAAAUAGCUGUGCGCUCUUUACAUGGAAAGAGUGUCAAAGGGAAUGGCCGAAGGAUGCCGACCAACGCUGGAGCGCAAUGGCUUUGAUGAGUGGGGCAUCAACGCAGGCAACCAGCUCCAUGCUCGCUGCUUCACACAAAUUUGCCGUUGAGUUGACACGAACACAAGGAGAACAGUGGGGCUUUGAGGUGAGCGAGGACAUGCAAAUUAAAUGCGUCAAUGAUGCAAGUGUCCUUGCGAUAUGGAAUUGGUGGCAUGCUUCUCGUGCAGUCCUUCCAGGUGAUCAACUUGUUGAGUUGAAUGGGCUUUCUCAAAGCAAGGCAAUUCUGGACAUGUUAAAGGGAAGCAGUGCAAUCAAGAUGGUUUUGACUCGUCAUGGAGCCAUAGCAUCAACCUUUGGUGUCAAGCUAGCCAAGACCAUGGGUACAAAGCUGGGUGUCAAACUUAGUGAGGAUUUGGAAGUCCUUCGGAUUGAUGCUUUUGGGGCUGUUGCCUCAUGGAAUGUGUCCAACCCACUCCUCAGCAUCCAUCUUGGUGAUCGUAUCUUGCAAGCUGCCAAGUUGGUGAGCCCCGACAAAAUCUUUGCCAGUUUGCAGUCAGAAGGCGAGCUCGACUUGUUGGUCGGCAGGGUAGAGCGGCGCCUCGAUGCUUCAACCGGUGGAAUUUGCACAUACAAGGAGUGUCAAGCAGCUUAUCCUGAUGCAGAUUUGCGAUGGGCGAACAUGCAACGUGUGCCGGACACUCCUGAAGGCUUUCCAGCCACACAGUACGCAGCUGACACGGAUUGUCAUUUCCUCGCGUACGGGGCGCCGAAGGGUGAGAGCAGGGAUUUCUUGGCGAGUGAGUCCUUUUACAGGACCUUGGCGGACAGCCGUGUGCCGCAGCACAGCCCUGGCCGCUCCUUGGCACGCUUGGCAACACCUGCCGCGCUCCCGGAGACAGUCGCGACGCGAUCCUCUUUUUGCUGUCCAUGUUGCAAUCGCUUGUUCCAUGUGUUUCUGAAUGACGGAGUGUACCAAGCAGUGGCAGCGACGGGGGCUUUAGCUGGCAUUCAACUGAAACCUCAGCAGGAUUGGCUUCUUAAGGCGCAUGACCAAGUCUUCACCGCCACGUUGGAAGCUGCAUCGCUGGCCGCGGAGAUUGACCAACAGUCCUUGAAAAUCAAGUCGAUCCAGGAGAAGGGCAGCAUCACGUCGUGGAAUUUGCAGAAUCCAAGGUCUGCCAUUCUUGUGGACGACUUGAUCAUUGAAGCCAAUGGAUCCAGGAAUCAACUGUUCGAACGAAUAUGUGAUGCAACUGAGAUCAUACAGUUGGUUUUGGCGAGAAGUUUUUCUUCGGAAACCUAUGGGGUCAAGCUGGAGAAGCCAAGGGGCAAACUGGGCUGCCAACUUAGCCCAGAACUUCAGGUUCUACACUUGAAAGAAGGUCUCCUUUCAGAAUGGAAUGUGUCCCAUCCCGAUUCGCAGGUUUGCUGUGGGGAUCAGAUUGUGCAAGUGAAUAUGUCCGCUCAACUCCCUGCCAUGGAAGCAGAGCUCAGCAAGCUGGGCUCCAAGGACGACAUCAUGAUCAUCAUGAGGCGAGCUCGCCAGGGCACCGUGGCAGUUGCAUGAUUCAUGAUCAACAAGACUCGGCUGGAAGACCACUAGCAACAUUGUGCAACGAGAAAUCCCAGAUCUGAAACUGCAACUGAGUCAAGCUCAAGCAUUUGACCAAAAGAUUCAUUGAGCCCCACUGAGCCUGCGCCACCGAUGUGAAUUGAAGAUGAUGCAACGUCAUGCAGGGGAAAUUGAGAGAUUUACAAGAUUUCACAAGUGCACGUUCUGGACUCCUACACUCUCCAACACCCUUGUGUUUGUUUGAUCUUGUAGCACUGCGAGUGGAGUUUCAGCUGGAACCACGCUCUUGAUGUUUGUAUGAAAAAGGUCCGUGCAGCCUUUUAGCUGGGCCACGGAUGUGUGAUUUCUUCGCCCAGUCAUGCUACCUAUAUACCCCAAUCCUAAGUGGCUGAUAUCCAAAUCUAGAUGUAACCUUAGGCAGAAGAGCAUGGAAUUCUGGCCAGCCAGUACCAAGUUGAACUUCCCAAGAGUCUUUUCACAGUCUCCUUCUAAGGACCCAAUGUCUCAAAAUCAACUGGAUUAAGGUUGUAGUUUGGCGCUCUUCUUUGCUCCGAAUUCUGCUAGGCUCGCCUCGGAGCAUGACUCCAAUUACCCCUUUGCACAAGAAACAAGACAACUCCC